AUGAGUUUUCUUACGUUGGAAAAAAGAUCAAAACUAAGUCUAACAGAGAUCAAAGAAGAAACAUUGACGGAGAAAAUAUUCCGAAUUCUCGCUGUAAUGAUGAUAAUUAUAUUUCCGUUGGCUUUGCUUGGUUGUUUCAGGGUUGUAAAGCAAUAUAAAAGGGCAGUUAUUUUACGUUUUGGAAGAGUAAGGUCGGACUCGCCGGCCGGACCUGGCAUUAUUUGGGUAGUUCCGUGUACAGACAACGUGCUACUCAUCGAUUUAAGAACUCAAUCGUUCAAUUUACCGCCACAAGAGAUUCUUACAAAAGAUUCUGUGACUGUUACGGUCGACGCCGUUGUUUAUUUUCACGUAUUGAAGCCCCUCAGCUGUUUAUUAAACGUUCAAUCUUACAAGCGAGCCACGGAGCUCAUUACUAUCUCGGCACUUCGAAAUAUACUCGGACAAUACACGUUAUCGGAAUUGUUAACAAGUCGAGAGUCUAUUAGUCGUACUGCAAGGAAGGAAAUUGAUAGAGUCACCAAUGAAUGGGGUGUUGAAAUGGAACGCGUUGAAAUAAAAGAUGUAAUAUUACCAUUUGAAUUACAAAAGGCAAUGGCAGCGGAGGCCGAAGGCACUCGACUGGCAAAAGCCAAAAUAAUCGAAGCGGAGGGAGAAAUAAAAGCCGCCGAAAAUCUUAAGGAAGCUUCAAGAAUAAUGAUGGAAAACCCACAAGUUAUGCUUCUUAGAUAUUUACAGACAUUAAAUUUUAUAGCUUCGCAGCAAAGUACUUCGAUAUUUUUCCCAUUUCCGCUUGAAAUACCCGAGCCCUAUGGGUCUUCGAGCCAUUGA